UCACCAUUUGACACCGGAAUUCCAAAGCGGGAUCUAAAUAAUUUUCCUUUCUUCAGAUCGGCAGCACUUACGAACGGCGAACGCCGCCAUGUUGUCCCGGAUGUCGGUUUUGCCUCGAUAAAACCCCCCGCCUUGGCCGAGUACCCUGCGAAGUUCGAGCAACCAGGAGGAAAAGGAAGCCAUCCUUAUCUUUGAGACUGAAUGAAGUGGCCAUAUCAUUCUCUCCGCUCCUUCUCGUCUUCUCUCUUUCUCUCCGACACUUCGACAUGAUGAGGGCAUCUCAGUCCUCCCUCGCUCACCGCCUGCUCAUCAGCCUUCGGGCGUCCAAUGCCCUGCGACCAGCCGCAUGCCAGCUUCCCCCGAGGAUCUUCGCGAGGAGAGACGGUCCUACUACUACCCUCCGAACACUCACCACGAGCAAGACACGAUGGUCAGCCCCGGCAGCGACAGAACACAGAGGUAAAUCAAAGCUGUUCAAGUCGGCAGACGCCGCCGUAGCGGACAUCAAGAGCCGCUCAACCAUCCUAAGCUCAGGCUUCGGUCUUUGUGGUGUCGCUGAAACCCUUAUCACAGCUCUUGCGCGUCGCGGCGACUCUCUCCAUUCUCUCACCGCCGUGUCAAACAACGCAGGCAAAGAAGACGUCGGCGGUCUUGCCGUGCUCGUCAAGUCGGGCCAGUUGAAGCGCCUCGUGCUGUCGUUCCUGGGAAACAACAAGGUCCUCGAAAAGAAGUACCUCACCGGCGACAUCGGUGUUGAGCUUUGUCCGCAGGGGACUCUGGCGGAGCGGAUCCGGGCCGCCGGCGCUGGCAUCCCUGCCUUUUUUACCCCGACUGGAGCGCACUCGCUUUUACAGACCGGCGAUAUCCCUGUCCGGCUCGACGCUUCCGGCAAAGUCCUCGAGCGCGGGACCCCUCGCGAGUCGAGGGAGUUUAAUGGCAAGACAUAUCUCAUGGAGAAGGCGCUUCCAGGUGAUGUGGCCAUCCUACGGGCCUGGAAGGUCGAUGAGGCGGGGAACUGUGUGUUUCGAUACACCACAAAAGCCUUCGGCCCCAUCAUGGCCAAGGCUGCCCAACUGACCAUCGUCGAAGCCGAGAACAUUGUGCCAAUAGGGUCCAUCGACCCCAACGACGUCGACCUCCCCGGCAUUUUCGUCGACCGCAUCGUCCCCGCCACGGAACCGAAGAAAAUAGACAUUCUCAAACUCCGUUCCUCAGACCCUUCUUCGCCUUCCUCUUCGCCUUCUUCUUCCGCAACAACCUCAUCGUCCUCACCCGUCACCGCCGCCAACGACGCCCAGACAAAACGAGACCGCAUCGCGCGCCGAACCGCCCAGGAGUUAAAACAAGGCUACUACGUCAACCUGGGCGUAGGCCUCCCGACCCUCGCCCCGUCCUUCCUCCCCGCCGACCGGAAAGUGUGGCUGCAGUCCGAAAACGGCAUCCUGGGGAUGGGCGCCUACCCGGCCACCGAAGCCGAGGCGGACCCGGACAUCGUCAACGCGGGGAAGGAGACGGUGACGCUGGUGCCCGGCGCAGCGACGUUCGACUCGGCCGAGUCGUUCGGCAUGAUCCGCGGCGGGCACGUCGACGUGUCGGUCCUCGGGGCGCUGCAGGUCAGUGCGGCGGGCGACCUGGCCAACUACAUGAUUCCCGGCAAGGUGAUGAAGGGCAUGGGCGGCGCCAUGGACCUGGUGAGCAACCCGGACAAGACCAAGAUCGUGGUGGCGACGGAACAUGUGGCGAGGGAUGGCAGCCCCAAGAUUGUGGGGAGGUGUAGCCUGCCCUUGACGGGUGCGAGGGUUGUCAGCACGAUUAUUACCGAUUUGUGCGUCUUCCAGGUCGACCGGAGGGCUGGCACGUUGACUUUGACGGAGAUUGCGCCGGGUGUCGAGGAGAAGGACGUCAGGGCCAAGACGGAUGCCGACUUUGUAGCGGCCAACGAUUUGAAGACGAUGGAAUAGGGAGUUGUUGAAGAUGAUUUAGAAUAGUAGAACAUGGAGAGGUAUGCAUAGGCAGGCCUCACAACUUGGACGCCGGGACCCUUGCAAAGUUCCCACCCCCCAGAAUCUCCGAAAUAGAAUCCACCGUCCUCAGCAUCCACUCGCUCCCCUCAUCGCCCGCCAACCAUUCCGCCCCCUCAACGACCUCCUGGCCCGGCUCCUGGCACGAACCAUCCUCCAUCGCCUUCCGCAACCCAAACACGUGGCUCAACACCUGCGGCCCGACCCCAGUCUG